AUGGACCGAUUAGCGGAGGCGUUACAGGGCUUUGACGGGGCCGUAGGAAGCAGCGGCGCCGACGGGGGCGGCGGCAGCGGCGGGGGGGACGACGAUGAUGGUGGAGUUGGUGGCGGCGGUGCCGGCGGCGGUGCGGUAUGGCAGGGGGUCAACUACGUCCGCAUCGACGGCAGCCACGACAGCGGCGAGCGGCGGACGGCGGUGAUGCGUUUCCGGGACGAUCCUACCGUGCGUGUAGCUCUGCUGUCCAUCACCGCCGCCGCCGUGGGACUUGACUUCAGCGCCGCCUCUGCCGUCGUGUUUGUAGAGCUGCCCAACGAGGUGCACGAUGGAUCUGAAGCGAGUGCGGUCGCCGCCGCCGCCGGCCCUGCUGCUGCCGCCGCCGCCGCCGCCGCCGCUGGCGGCGGCCCCGUCACGGGUCUGGCCGUGGAUGCGGUGGUGGAUCUAGAGCUACAGCAGCAGGUGGACGAGCAGCUUCCGGGACCGUCAAACGCGGCGCUGGUGGCGGGUACGGUUGCACGUGGCGGUUUCGGAGGUGCAGGUGGCCCUUCAGGAGUAGACUCUAGUAGUAGAGCGCUGGCACUGGCAAUGACGGCAUGUGUAGAGGAGGCGAUGCCGCAGCCAUCGGAUUUGCAAAGUGCCGGCGAAGAUGCGGCCAAGGCUUCCAAGGCGGCGGUUUCGGAGGCCGGCGACGGUGGCCGCUUAGACAUUGCCAAUGGCGAAGAACGGGUGGCGGCUGGGGGUUUGAAUCAGCAGCUCGCGCCGGCGGGGACGGCGGCGGCGGCGGCGGCGGCAUUGGAGAUGCGGCCAUCGCAACUACCGGCGCCGCUUUCUCAGCAGCUGCUGUACGACUCUGGGAUGGUCCCAAUGACCCCUGGGUCGAUUGCCAUGACGCCAAGCCGCGCGGCGCUGCUGCAGAUGCUCCCUGCGUCCACAACCUUUUACUUUGAGGUGAGCUGCCACACGAGCCGCGUGCACCUCCAUCUGGCACCCGAUGGCAGCCGACCCGUGGGUCUCUCCCUGCCAGUAGAGCUGCUCCGAAACCACCCACAAAGCGCCAUGCUGAAGUCCAUCUUGGAUGAACACGCCGCCAGAUGGGCGCGGGAGCGGCUGACGGCGGCGGCGAACCGGCGGCAACGCCGGCAGGAGUUACAGCCGCCGGCGACGGCGGUGGCAGCGCUGCCAAGUACGGCGGCCGUGGCGGUGGAGUUGUUGCCUCCGAAGGCCAGCGUGUUACCUUGUGCCCCGUCCGCGCCGCUAGCUCAGGCGGAGGUGCCAUGUGGUGACGCGGCGGCGGCGGCGGCGGCCGAGUGUCCGAGCUGUGCUACAGGAACCGUCGGAGCCGCCGACACCGACGCCAACGCCGUCGCUGCAGCAGCAGCAGCGCGGUCGGACUUACCGCUAGCGCCAGUCCAAGACCCGGUGCCUCUGCAAGGCCGCCUGCGCUGCGACGAGGCUACUGCCGGCUGUGUCCUUGCUACUGCCGGCGGCGACGGCGAUAGUGGCGGUGAUGAUAGUGGUAAUGGUGAGCAAGACGACGGCGGCCGAGCAGCGCGACUUAGCUUUGUGGGCCCGGUGGGGUUAGUGGCGCCGCUACCCUCCUUGUCGCCUGUCCAGCUGGCGGAAGGCGUGGCGGAGGCCGCGGCGUUCGUACGUGACUGGUGCGAGCUGCGUGCCGUUUCGCGUAACCGUCUGUACGGCGCCGUACUAGAGCGAUACUUUCAGGACGCGCUGGAAGCAGUUACCAGUGAGGCAGUAGCUGCGGGCGCGUACGGCACCAGUACGACGCGGUACGUGCAGGGCGCUCCAGUCAAAGUACCGGAGGGUGCAACGCUGCAUCCUGUGCAGGUACGGACGGAGGCUAGGUACGGCAACGCCGCUGGCAACGGGUCGUCAGGCGGCGGCGGCGGCGGCAGCGGCGAUAGCUCCUCUGGUUGGCGCACGUACCAACAGGCGUUUCUGUUAGAUGGUCGUGUACGGCUGUGCCUCAACUGCGGUAAACCCGUGCAAGACGCCGCCGGUCUGCCCGCCAGCACGCCUCUGAUGACGACGGACCUCCUCUUUUGCGACCCUCACUGCGAGACCGCGUACUUUGUGAAGGCGAGUGGCGGCGCGCUGCGCCGUACAUUGGCUCGCUUGGAGCACGGGGUGUGCCAGAUGUGCGGACUGGACUGCGCCAACCUUGUACGGCAACUGCAGACCAUCCGAGCCACCUCACGCGACUUCCUGGCCAAGCGACGUGCCGUAGUAGAGCGCCUGGCGCCUCGCCUCACCCGCCACGGCUACACGACCCACCUGGAACGGCUGUUGCGGCAGGCGACUGAGGGCCUCGCUUGGCAGGCGGAUCACAUCACCCCCGUGUAUGCAGGCGGAGGGCUAUGUGACGUGGACAACAUGCGGACCCUAUGCGUGGCAUGUCAUGCAGAUGUCACAAAGGCCCAAUGUAAGCAGCGGGCGGCGGAGCGGCAGCAGCGGCGGCUUGGAACCCGGGACAUCCGUACAUUUUGGGCCAAGCCGCCACCUGGCGGCGGCGGUGGCCUGCCGCCGCUGCCCAACAACAAGCGCCGUACAGAUCCUUGGGUUGUUCCUGCCAACAAGCGCCGUCGGCCCGCCGCUGGCCGCGGCGUGACGUACAUUGACACGUCGGACGAUAGUCCUUCUCAAACUCCGUCGCUAGCGGCGGCAGUGGCGGCAGCAGUGGCCGUCAGGGGACGCGGUGGCGGUGCUGGCGCCGGCAGGUACGGCAACCCCGUCACCUUAAAGGCCGUGCCAUGCGUAGGUCUGUACGGCGAUGACGAUGACGAUGACAACGUGUGGGAGUUCAAGGUGAUCGAUCUGACCACCGGUGGCGGCGCGGCAGGCGAUGACGGCGUUGGCCGGCCGGUCGCGGUUGACGACGCUAGCGAUGCUGCGGCUGCAGCAGUCGUACAGGAGGUCGUGAAUCUGGCGGACAGCGAUCUAGGCGAGGGGGAUGAGGAGCAGGCAGUGGCAGCUGCGACUGCAGCAGUAGCAGCAUCGCCGGUUGCGUCGACGGCGGAUCUAGCGGGGAUGACCCAACAGCAGGAGAAGGGCUCCCAGACCGUGAAAGCUGAGUCGCAGAGUGCAUCUGAUGCCGCUGACGGAUUCGCCGCCGCCGCCGCCGCCGCUGCGGUUGCGCCGGCAGGGGGGUUAGGAGGGAGGUCUGGGGCUCGGUCCUGGGCUGGCCGGCUGCGUGACAGGGUCUUGGAAGGUCGCGGCGGCGGCGGCGGUGGUGACGGCAACGCAGGGAAGGUAGGAGAUGAGCAUGCCACGCUUGUGCCCGGCGUUGCGGGGGCAACAGACGACUCGGUGGUCGGCGUCCUGGGUUCGGUUUCGGAGCAACUGGCGGCGGCGGCGGCGGCGGCAGCAGCAGCAGAUACCGCGACGGAAGCCAUGGACGUGAGCGUCGCGAGGACUUAUGGCGAUUGUGUCGCUUGUGAUGACCCUUCGGAUGGAACUGCGGUUGGUGCGGAUGUUCAUAGUGAAGUUGGUUGUGGUGGUUUCAGUGGUGGUGGUGGUGAUGGUGACGGCGGUCUUGGCGGUCUUGCAGAAGGGGGCGACGUGGAAGGGAAGCUGGAUGUGGCGGCUCUGCCGGGGACGCUGUUGAAAGUUAAGCACAGCGUCACACAGAAAGAUUACGUUAUUAACAGAUGGCUUGGUAGAGAGCAAGGCAUUAAGGUCAGCAAGUCUUCCGGCUACUACAAGCCUGCCUAA